AUGGCUGCUGGCACCGCGUGCACGGCGACAAAGCACCGCGUUGUCUUCUCGGCUCUGCUCGACACACUAAUCUCAGCUACGGAUUUGGGAAAUGUCAAUGAUCCGGAGAUGUCGGAUAAGACGAAUGACUGUGAUGGAAAAACGCUUGUUAUCCAUUACGUUAAUGCGCUCAUCGAGCAGUCGAAAAUUUGCACGGCCAUUCGUCGACGAAUUGUUCCCGUAACCAGGAAUAGGCAUAAAAUAGAUGGGGAAGUGAAGGAACAUAGGGAUUUUUGUCCUCAACGUUGA